GCAGGCAAGGCAAUACAAAGCUAUAGGGAACGCUUUCUCAGAGGCACAAGGCACAAAGAUCCGGCAAGGGCAGGAAGGGGCAGACUAUAAAGGUAUUCAAAUGAGCUACAGGAGCACAGCAGUCCAUUUACGUUGCUGGAAAUGUAGAAAGUUUGUAGCAAAUUCAGGAUCUAUCAUCAACAACAAUGAAUGCAACCAAGCUCUGGAAAUUUUGGAUCAGGAGGCCUGUAAUAUAUGGCACCUUGAGGCUGAAGCAAGUCCAGAAUGGAUCAAAAGAGAGAUAGAAAAGGAACACUGGACAACUGGAAAGCUGCACUGCCCAUAUUGCAGAACACGGCUCGGGGCCUUUAACUUUGUUGACAGCACCAAAUGCUCCUGUGGCAGGCUCGCAGUCAUACGUCUUAGCAAAAGCAAAAUUGAUGUGGACAUUACUGUGAAAACACCAUGCCAAGCUUCAUCUGCCUCUAAAUUUUAUACAUAUUUUGACAAGAAGUUCACAAUUUGGAUGUCAGAACUUGCCAAUAGAAACUGGAUCAUGGACAGAUAUGUGGCAGUCCCUGGAACAUUAGUGGAUGCGUUGUGCCUUGAGGUGCCUGAAUAUGACAAGUACUUGGAGCCAAGUGGUAAAAAACCUUGCAUCACCUUCAAUCUUAAGAAAAAUGACUCAGUGCUACGGGAACAAAAGGCCAAUUUUUGUAGAAAUGUGCUUCAUAGGAAGUCAAAUAGCAUGGACUUGGACACAACAGAAAAACUACCACUGAAAUCCUACAUGAACAGGAGAGGGACCUUUACCCUAAAGCAAAACCCAUCAGAAGUUCCAUUAUUAAGCUCAGUCAGUGCUGGAUGUAAUAUUGCAUAUAAUAAUCGUCAUAUGUUUGACGUUCUACCAAGGUCUUCAAAAUUGAGAUCUAGAUUUUCUGAAACUCCUCACAACAGAGUAGGCCCCGGAGUUUCACGUACUGAAGAAAGCCCAAGCUUGUCUUCUGCUGGAUUGCCCAAUACAUCUGUAAGAUCCACAACUGGAGGAGAGGGCCACAUGACCCCAGUGGAGAUUCCUGCUCAGAUCAUGCAGCCAUCAAUCCCCAACUCAUCUUCUGAAAACCAACGCCUAAACAAAAGGGAGAUAAACAAGCUGAAGAACCUGAGAAGAAAGCAAAGGAAGCGGGAGAAGUGGUUACUUGGGCAGAAACAGAUCAAUAAACCACAUCAUAUAGCCGCAGAAGAUGACGAUGAACUUGCGGAAGAAAAGGAGCGCUACACAUGUGCUGUUUGCUUAGAUGUAUAUUUCAACCCCUACAUGUGUUAUCCAUGCCGUCACAUCUUUUGUGAGCCAUGUUUACGGACACUGGCCAGAGACAAUCCUACAAGAACUCCGUGUCCGCUUUGCAGAUCCAUUAUUUCAAGGGUGCACUUCCAUUCAGAUCUCAGCAAAUGUUCUGUUGCCUUCUUUCCAAAUGAGUAUCUCAAAAGAAAGCAAAGUUUUCAGAGGGCAAAUUGUGCAAAAUGGCCUCUACCCAACUGCAACAGACUAUUCAGAGUGUUUGGAGAUUUCAGGAGACACAUGGACCCUAUGGGAAGAAGGCACUUUCCACAUGGGGAGCACAGAGAUGACUUUGGAGAUGGAAGUCGUGGUUGGAGAUUUGACCUGGACAUGAUCAUCAUAUACAUUUACUCUGUGAAUUGGAUUAUUGGAUUCAUUUUAUUUUGUCUCUUGUGCUAUUUUUUCUUUCUCUCACUUUAGGAAGACAUACAAUACAUUUAAAGGGGUACUCCGGUGAAAACCUUUUUUUUUUUUUU